CUGUAGGCUGCAGUCAACUCUACAGAAAGAGGAAGAUUGUGGAACUCCCGGCGAUGAAUAAGAGUGGGCUUGGUACAAAGCGAGGAUGGAACUGCAGCAGCUGCAAGACUACAAGGACAUGUGACCCUCACAGGAAGGAGACUUCAGAAUGAGUCAGAACACAACAAUUCCAUUCCAUCUGAAUUGCCCAAAAUGUCUUGUAAGCUGAUAAACAUUUGCGAAUAUGAAACCAAUAAACUUGUCAGAAUUAAAAGCGUUCGACUUGGGUCGCUGAAAUGGACACUUAACGGAGUCAUUCUGCUAUUCAUUUGUAUAAUGAUGCUAUGGAACAAGGAGUAUCAAGAAUAUGACUUUGUGGUCAGUUCGGUCACUACUAAGGUCAAGGGAGUGGCCUUAACCAACCUGCCAGGCGUUGGUAAUAUAGUCUGGGAUGUGGUUGAUUACAGUGGUCCCUCGCAGGGAAAGAAUUCGUUUUUUGUGGUGACCAAUGUGGCUAUCACAAAUGAUCAGAAACAGGGAAAAUGCCCAGAGGUCCCCCCUUAUGGAGAAUUGUGUCGCACGGACACGAACUGUGAGAAAGGGUUCUCAGACCAGCAUAGCCAUGGGGUUCAGACAGGAGCAUGUGUGAAGUUUGAUGUGACGAGGAAGACAUGUGAGGUGUUUGCAUGGUGUCCCAUCGAAACAAAACCCAAACCUCCAAGGCCUGCUCUCUUAGCAUCGGCUGAGAACUUCACAGUCCUCAUCAAGAACGAUAUCAGAUUCCCUGCCUUCAAUUUCAUCAGAAGGAAUAUCCUUCCUUGGAUGGACUCUACUUACCUGAAGGGCUGCCGGUUUAACAAGUACAGAGACCCCCUGUGUCCUAUCUUCCGUCUAGGUGACAUAAUUCAGGAGGCCAAAGAGAACUUUUCACAGAUGGCAGUAGAGGGAGGUGUAAUUGGAAUCCAGAUUAACUGGGACUGCAAUCUGGAUGGGUUUUCUCAAAACUGUCUGCCGAAGUAUAGCUUCCGCCGCCUGGAUGAGAAGGAGGGCAACCGAACCCUGUACCCGGGCCUCAACUUCAGAUUUGCAAGGUACCACAGAGAGAAUGGCAUAGAAGUGAGAACGCUUUACAAAGCUUUUGGGAUCAGGUUUGAUGUCAUGGUCUUUGGAAAGGCAGGAAAGUUCAGCAUAAUUCAACUUAUCAUCUACAUUGGAUCAACCCUGUCUUAUUACGCUCUAACUACUAUUAUCAUUGAUUGGUUGAUUGGGACCAGCUGCUACUCUAGAGAAGCCAGACAGGACUACUCUGAAAAGAAGGUUGAGUCUGUCCGGGACAGACAACAGUGCAUCCUGUGUGUCUCAUUUGUGGACGACGACAAUAUUAGAGUGGUGAAAAGAUCUCAUAAGAAAAGCCUGCAAGAUGUGAAACCCAUCUCAAUUCACCAAAGCCAGGAGGAUGAAAUGCACUUGAGAGCCAUGGUCGGCACACUGCAGCCCGGGUCCAGCGUAGUCAAGCAGCCCCAGCAGGUGCCUCACAGGCCCGGGUGUCCGUCCUGGUGCCUGUGUGGCUGCUGUGGCUCCCCCAGCCUCCCCGCGGAGCAGCUGUGCUGCAGGCGGAGCAGGGGCCGAUGCAUCACCACCUCCCCCCUGUUUGAGCAGCUGGUGUUGGGGGAGACUCUCCUGGAGGCUGUGCUGCUGUACAGGGAGCCUCUCUGUGAGUGGGGCCCGGAGGACAGGACCCCCGCCCUGCGCCACUGCGCCUACAGACAGUACAUCACCUGGAGGUUCGGCUCCCCUCCAAAAGAGACACGUCCUGUCAUCCCUAGUUGCUCUGUGUUAAGAAUCAGAGGGGUGUACCCCAGUUCGGAUGGGCAGUACAGUGGACUUCUGACCACUAAAACUGUUACAGUUCGGUCUGGCCAUAUUACUAAACUUUAGGCAAUGAUGUUGUCGAGGUGCUACUGCGAAACUAUGGCUAACACCAGACCUUAAUCUCUUGCGUUGUGGAUUGUGUUGAUGUGACUUUUGUGCUAACAUUUAGCAUUAUCAUUAACAUUCUAACAUUGCUUUAACAUGCCUAGCAUAUAAUGAGGUGACAUUUGUAUCGUAAUUGUUUAUCUUUUAAAUAGUUUUACAUUGAAGUGCAUCUUUUGAUCACAAAUAAUAAAUCUAACUUCAACAGUU